ACAGCAAGCAUGGCAGGCGAUAGCGAAACAAGUCUACACAAUCAAGCCGAAAAUGAACACGUUACCCGGCAGCCUUUUCUCAUCGGGGUAGCCGGAGGCACUGCCAGCGGAAAGUCGUCAGUAUGUGGGAAGAUCAUGGAACUUCUCGGGCAGAAUAAGAUCGACCAUCACCAGAGACAAGUGGCCAUUCUCAGUCAAGACAGCUUCUACAGGGUCCUCACUGCUGAACAGAAAGCCAAGGCCCUCAAGGGCCAGUAUAACUUUGAUCACCCAGACGCUUUUGAUAAUGAGUUGAUAGUGAAGACUUUGUGGGACAUUAUGGAGGGGAGAACAGUACAGAUACCAGUGUAUGAUUUUGUAACCCAUUCCAGGAAGGAGGAGACCAUAACUGUGUACCCAGCUGAUGUGGUUCUGUUUGAAGGAAUCCUCAUGUUCUACUCUCAGGAGAUCAGGGACCUUUUCCAAAUGAAGCUGUUUGUGGACACGGACGCCGACACGCGACUGUCGCGACGAGUCCUGAGAGACAUCAGUGAGCGAGGGCGGGACCUGGAGCAGAUCCUGACUCAGUACAUUACCUUUGUAAAGCCAGCAUUCGAGGAGUUCUGCCUGCCAACAAAGAAAUAUGCUGACGUGAUCAUUCCAAGGGGAGCUGAUAAUCUCGUCGCCAUAAACUUGAUCGUGCAGCACAUCCAGGACUUUCUGAACGGCGGUCUGACCAAACGACAGAACGGGGUGCUGAACGGUCACUGUGUGCCUCGGAAACGACAGCCUUCCGAAUCCAGCAGCCGACCCCACUGA